AUGGCCAUGUCAGUUGUCCAGGGCGGACCAAGUCCAAACUUCCUUGCUCGUGAAAUUUACAAUGUGGUCAGUAGAUCAUUUGCCAUUGAGGAACUGAAAGAUGAAUCAUUGAAAGAAACUUGUGUCAAGGUACAAAUUAUGUAUUUAAAAUUCCAGGCAAUACGAGAGACUUUAUUUUUGUAGCUAAUGGGCCGAGUUUUUCAAAGCCCAGUUAGCUGCAGUAUUCCUGGGUUAACUACAACAAAUCAUAUGGACUGUCAUGGUAAAUAACCCUGGCUUUACACCAAUCAUCUUUCGGACAACUUGGCCCUGAUGGAAAACAUGAUAAGAAAAGAUGAACAGUUUUUUUUUAAUUCACAUAAAAUUUUGUUAUGCAAAAGAACCUCCUAAUAAACACAGUGCUUUGUGAGAGAUGCUUUUGAAAGUCUUGUAUUUAACAGACAUCCACUUCACAGAACACUUGCUAGUUAUUGACCAAAUAGAAUGAUUUUAUAAAUAGCAGCUGAAUUGUGAUAGCAUGCAUUUUUAAAUGACAUAUGAAGUGUUUCUGAACAGCAAAGUAAUAAAUUACUCAUUGGCAGUAACAAGAAUUGACAGUUUUAGUGUUAUGUUAUCUAUAUUUUUCAGCUCAGAAAUUAAUGCAUCAGAAGAUCAACUUUCAGACAUAUUAAUGGAAGACCAAAUUCUGGAUACUCUUCAAGGCAUUGGCUAUAAUGGUGUACCCGCAAGAGAAAACAAAGAAUCAAUUAAAAAAAUCAUUGAGUAAGUACUGCAUAUGAUGCAGAUCAAUACAGUUACAGCUGUCCUAACGUUUAGUGCGUUUGCAGUAAUGCAUCAGUCAAUUCCACCUCCCCAGCCCCUCCUUCCCAGGGCUACUGCAGCCCGGGGUAGGGGGUGGGGGGGGGUAUUGUGGGGGCUGGGCGCAGGUGGAAUUGACUGAUGCAUAAGAUUCAAACACUUAAUAGUUGGAAACCAUUGUACCUUAACUCUUGCUCAUAGCUGAGCUACAUUUUUUUGUUCGCUUUUUCUUUUUAAAUGGUUUUCUUUGUAGACAUGUACAUGCCUACAUCUUUAUGUGACAGGGUAAUGUAAAUCUGAUGAAGUCAGCUGACUGCAAGGGAAAAAUUUAAUUUCUUUUGCAAAAGCAAAGCGUUCUUUCCCCUUUACAGGGCAAGAUAACAAGUUUUUUGCUCUCAGGGAAGUUACAGUAAAAUUAUAAUGCACUCUAAAGCUUGAUGAAUCAUUCCACUAACCCCGGAUAGACCACACGACACUGCCUUAGUAAAAUGAUGGUUUGUAUCCAGGAGUCAAGUGUGUUUGUGCUACUAAUGCCUUGUAGCAAUUUAUUAUAUUAAAUAACGUUAAAUGGAAUAACAGUAAUAGCAGUUUUGUGGGCAUCUUUUUUAAAUGCAAAUAAGAGACCUUUUGCUAAAAUUUAUGUCCCAUUUUGCAAAUUAAAAAUUUAAUGUUCCAAGGAGUAUCUGGCUGAUUUUAGUUUGUUCUUGUUCCUUCGUUACAGAGCAAUUUGUAUGCAUGACCAAUCUCCUACAAUAUUGUCUAGCAUCUCCAAACUUGAAGAAGGAUUGAAGACAUAUGGUCUCUUAAAGUCAAUAAGAGAGCACCCACUGAUAUGGGAACCAGUGUUUGUCUCAGGAAGUGCCCCCAGUUUAACAGCUACAGCUUUUCUUAAUGAGCUGCUUGUGGAUUUCAGUUUGUCUGAUGUUAAGAAACAAAAGGAGAUAGAUGUAUUCUAUCAUUUUACCAACUACAUCACUCAAUACAGAUGGUUUGCAAUAAACAACCUUGAAGUGGGCAGUUGGAUCCAGUACUAUUCCACCACUGGGAUUACCCAAGAAACUGUCUAUACAGUUUCUGCAUGGCUGUGUAGUUGGAUGCCGAUGUCGGCCAACCACAUCCACAUGUGCUCUUAA